AGUCAGUGAUGUUAGUGUGAACUGGUGUUUCAAUUGGUCUUUUCAUGGUGUUGAAGAAGAGGGCUGGUCCAGUGUCAGAAUAAAAAAACAUCUACUUCCUCUUCCUCUUCACUCCUGCUUCACUGCAGACUCACACACCAUCUCUGAACCUUCUCAUCUCAGCAACAGAUAACAUGGCACCCGUGGUACCACUGAGGGGUCUCAUCUUCCUCGGCCUGCUUCAUCUGUGUGUUCAAGGCAUUCAAGGCGAUGUAAACACUGCUGUCCUGGCUAAAAUGACACAGUAUUUUUAUGACAAUGUCCAGCCGAAGACCAAGAUGGGAAUUGAUGCUCAGUACGCGAUAGCGAUCAGUGUCUCAAAGGAUCAGUGUACAGAUGAAGAACAAUUUGAUAUCCAGACUGUGUUCAGCAAGCAAGAUGCAAAACAUGUAAAAGAUAAGCUCAAUAAAGGAGAGAAAUGUUUAAAACUCACUGAAGACGAGAAAUGCACAAGUUUAGGCAAUGUCAUUGCUACAAGGCCAGAUAUAAAUGUAAAACCAGAGGAGCAUGCUGAGCAUAUUCUGCUCUAUCCUCCUAUAGGUGAAACUGAAUCUCCAAUGGACAGACUUCUAGCAAAGGCAGGUCAGAAAACCUGUGUAGUUUUCUAUUCUUACAACUCACCUUGUGUGAAAACAUGCAUUAAGGGUCAAAACAAUAAUAUUUUAGAGGGCCUUUCAAACUGGAUAAAUAAAAAUAAAAAUGGAAAUAAUGCAUUUGUCUUCCAAGAGAUCUGGCAGAAGGACAGCACGAAGAAGCUGCAAGAAGAAUUUCUUAAGAUCAAUGAGAGAGCGCCUCUUUAUCGGUGUAAGAAAACCAAUAAUGUGAUGGAAUGUCAGAAAUGUGUGGAAAAUAACAUUAUGAACGCUUUCUGUCUGCCUGGAAAAAAAAAUAAGUAGCCUAAUUUUCUUUUUCUUGAAAAUGCUUCGGUCAAUGAUCAAACUGUGGCAUAAUAAAUCUUUAAAGUAUCAUUUUUGAAUACCUGUCCUGUACCUAAUAAAAUAAAUUGAAUCAUGUA